GGCCGUCCGAGGCGUCGCAGUGCGCGGCGUCGCUGUGCCGGUGCGCGCGCCGGGUCGGGGAAUGCGCGCCGCACUGGUGCCGCCGCUCCUCCUCCGGCCCCCCGUCGUUCCGCUGGUUCUGCUGCUGCUGGUACUGGGCGGCCGGUGGACGGCCACGUCGUCGCUCACGGCCGAAGACGACGACGACGCCGAGCCCGAGCGCGAGGAACGCGCGCUGCACUACCGCAACCAGCCCGGCGGCGGCACGUCUUCGUCGCCGUCUCCCGAGGAUGAGCCCGAAGAGUUGCUCAUCGCGGGCUUCUUCCCGACGACGUUGAACUUGAGCGAGGGCGCCAUCGGCCGCGGAGUGGUGCCCGCGGUCAACCUGGCGCUGCGACACAUCAACAGCAGCCCGCACUUCCUGCCGGGCUACAAGCUCGACAUCAUCUGGAACGACACUAAGUGCGACCCAGCGGUGGGCAUGAAGGCCCUGUUCGACAUGAUCGACAAGCGGCCAAAGAAACUGGUGCUGUUCGGCGCAGCAUGCAACGCCGUCACCGACCCCAUCGCCAAGGCGUCCCAGUUCUUCCAGCUCGUCCAGCUGACUUACGCCGAUACGCACCCGAUGUACACCCUGGAGAACUACCCGAACUUUUUCCGGGUGGUGCCGUCCGAGUCCGUGUUCAACCAGGCCCGGGUCGCCCUGCUCAAGCACUUCAACUGGACCCGGGUCGGGACGCUGUACCAAACCAAUCCUCGAUACGCACUGCCGCACAGCCGCCUGCUGACAGUGCUGGACUCGGCGAACAUCCAGAUCGACGAGGUGCAGGGUAUCGGCGAGGGGGACGACAUCGAGCACGAACUUGAAAAGCUCAAGGAGAAAGACGUUCGCAUCAUCUUGGGCAACUUUGACGAGUUCUGGGCCCGAAAAGUCUUCUGUCAGGCCUACAAGAUGGGCAUGUACGGCCGCAAGUACCAGUGGCUCAUCGGAGCCAUGUACGCCGAGCGCUGGUGGGAGACGCCGCAGCCGGACGUCUCGUGCGAGCCGGCGCAGAUUGUCGAAGCCGUGGAAGGUUACAUCGGCACCGACCUUCUGCCGCUCAGCACCAGCGAGAACAUCACCGUCUCAGGCUUGACGCCGACGGAGUACGAGGCGGAGUACAACCUGAUGCGCUUCAACGAGUACUCGCGCUUCCACGGCUACGCGUACGACGGCAUCUGGGCGCUGGCGCUCUCCAUCCACGCCGUCAUCGUGCGGCUGCGAGCCAACGACACACGCAUCUCAGAGUUCGACUACCGCAAGCAGUGGUGGGGACGCCUCUUCAAGGAGGCGCUCAACGAGACCAACUUCAUCGGCGUCACGGGUCCUGUGCGCUUCUUUCGUAACGAACGCAAGGGCCAGGUCCUCUUGAAGCAGUUUCAAAAAAAUCAAGAGGUGAAGAUUGGCGAGUACGACUGUCUCACAGAGACCCUGGAUUUAACCAAGGGUCUUUCCAUCAUCUGGCGAGGCGGCUCCGACCCGCCGAUGGACCGGACGCUGAUCGUGAUCCAGAGGACGCGGGUCAACCUAACCAUCUACGCCAGCCUGUGCAUCUUCUGCGUCCUGGGAAUCAUACUCGCCUCCGUGUUCCUCGUCAUCAACAUCAAGUUCAGGAACCAGAGGUACAUCAAGAUGUCCAGCCCGUACCUGAACAACCUGAUCAUCGUGGGCUGCAUCCUCACCUACACCAGCGUCAUCCUUCUCGGAAUGGACUCUGGUUUCACAUCGGUCGCCAACUUUCCUUACAUAUGCGCGGCGCGGGCCUGGGUCCUCAUGUCGGGGUUCACGCUCGCGUUCGGCGCCAUGUUCAGCAAGACGUGGCGAGUGCACGCAAUCUUCACGAACAUAAAGCUCAACAAGAAGGUGAUCAAGGACUACAAGCUGUUCAUGGUGGUCGGAGUGUUCCUGAUGCUCGACGUCAUCAUCCUGACCACUUGGCAGAUCGUCGAUCCCUUCUACCGCGAGGCGCGUCGCGGACAGCCUGUGGCAUCGCAGGGCAACGAGGACGUGUCGGUGAUUCCAGAGAUGGAAUUCUGUCAGAGCCACAAGAUGACCAUCUUCCUGGGCUCAAUAUACGCCUACAAAGGACUGCUCAUGGCGUUCGGUUGCUUCCUGGCGUGGGAGACCCGUCACGUGAGCAUACCGGCGCUCAACGACUCCAAGUACGUGGGCAUGAGCGUGUACAACGUGGUCAUCAUGUGCACCAUCGGCGCGGCCAUCUCGUUCGUGCUGCGCGACCAGCAGGACGCCGCGUUCAUCAUCAUCUCAGUGUUCAUCAUCUUCUGUUCCACCACCACGCUCUGCCUCGUGUUUGUACCCAAGCUUGUGGAGCUUCGGCGCAACCCGCAGGCCGGCGAACACCGCGUUCGGGCCACCCUGAAGCCGCUGAAGAAGUCGAGGCGCGAUUCGGACGACGAAAGCCUCUUCACCAGGAUCAAAGUGCUGCAGGACGAGAACAUGCGCUGCAGGCAGCGACUAGAAGAGAAAAACAUUGAAUUGCAGUCAUUAUUGUUGAAGCUAAAAGAUGUAGAGCCGGUGAUAGUCGUCACGCAUGACGCCAUUACGACGAUUCCAGAAGUUAGCUCACCUUCCCAACUCGAAACCUCAGAGCGUGAAAACAGCAAAGAGGAUACGACGUCUAUAAUCUCCAUCAGGUCUGUAACUGAAGAGGACAAUUUUAUGGAGAUAUCGGUGAAAAGGAAGCUCUCGACGGCGUCGCUUCAGGGCAGCCCGGCCGCCCUGGCCGCCAUGGGUCGCGGCGGCGGAGGAGCCACCCGGCAGCAGCGCAGCGGCAGCGUCCAGCUGCGCCUCACGCAGCAGCACCACCACCAGCAGCAGCACCAGCAGGCCAUGUCUGGCGCGUCACCGUACGGGGGCGGCAGGGAGACGCACCACCGCGGCGCCCUCGCCAACGGGCUGGCACUGCACGCCGACAGGGCCGGCUCCUCGGACGAGUUGUCACCUCUGCUUGCGCUUCCAGACCAGGACUGCCAAGACUUCCAGUCAGAUGAGUCCCCGGAGGCGAGCCCCCAGCAGCAGCAGCAGCAGAUGAGCGUGCGGCGGCGGGCCAAGAGUCUCGGAGCCCUGCGGGGCCCCGAGCAGCCGUCGUCCUCGCAUCACCAGCAGGCCACGUCCCCGUCGGGCACCGCCACGGUGUCGCUAAUCGAACCCGACGGCGCCCCGCUGCUGCCGUUCCUCUUCAGCCGUAUGGUGCAGGACAGGACUGCUCUCUACUCCAGCUACCCAUCCAUCAAGUGUGAUAUCGUCGAGUACUUAUGAGGAACGCUCCUAGCCUUCGCGUCCUCGUCUCGCCCGCUCAAAAUGUGAAAACCAAGGGGUGGGGGUGUCCGGCCCCGUCCACUCGGCAAUAUGCAACGUGUUUUCGUUUCCCCUCGCUCUCUGUGUGCCGUGUGGUGGUGGCCCACUCGCCGCGCAAGUGGCGAGGGGAAAACUCAGCAGCGGAGAAGUGGUCCAGGGAGGGAGAGGGAGAGAGAGAGAGAGUCGUGGAACUGCCUCCGCCGCCACCGCCUCCUGCGGGAGGGCUGUGUUCUUCGGCUGUGGUCUCGGCUGCACGCCGGGCGCCAGUGUGUAGUAGCGGUAGUGUUUGUAGGGUUCUCGCCAACAAGGCGAAGAACAGGUGCUCAAGGGCGGGAGGUCAUGGCAGGUGAGGAGUGUAGAGGAUACACUGCGAUGUCGGUGAAGUUGUAAAGACGGGAGUGUUCUGCAGAAUCUGGCGAGGGAUUCACGAAGGUGGAGGAAUAGCGGGAAAGUUGUAGUUCGGCAGGUUAAAGGGCGCGCGCAAUACUUUUCAAUUUCAAGGAAAGGAGGCGGAGACGACUGGACAGCGCAGAAAUCGUUUCCACGGUGUUAAAGACGCCAAUGCGAAGGGAGCGAUUUCUGUAGCGGCCGUGACGGAGCUUUGUCCGACUGCCUUUUGUAAGUGCUCUAGUGAAUAUCUGACACUGAAAGCCCUGUUUUAAACAAGCUUAAACACACAAAAACAUUUCCUGUUCAAGGAUUGCUUACAGAUUGACUUCUCUUCUCCCUUUGUUAUGAUAGCUCAGAGUAUGCACAUCGCUUUUGUGCUGCUUUGUCAAUUCCGUUGUUCUUUUUUUUUUUAUCUGCUUUGUCUAACUGAUCGUCCAUAGCACAUGCUAGCGCCUGUUGAAUAGAUUCCAGUACGCAAGUACCAGGGUCGCGGCUAGAUAAAGGAUUUAGUUUUCAAGUCUUCUGCUACUAGAUCAGCCCGCUUAAAUUUUGUGCAGAUGACAAGUUCAAGAACUUUAGGUCCCAAGUGGCCAUCGUGGUGCAGAUCAAACAAUCUCUACUGCAGCCCGGAAACAAUCAAAACCACCAUUACCGAGCCGCACGAACAUCGUGAGCACUUUAUUUAAAAGCACAAAUAUGGUCCCUUGUGGUCACGUGUCUUGCUUCAUCCGCCUGGCUUCAGCCGCCUUUGAGAGCUGUUCUCGCAAUACCGUCUUUCUUUCUGAGGGGUGGAUACCGUCUGGUUCAUAAGAGACAGGACUGAGCCACUUGCUCGCACUUGACAACAACCGGAGCCGGAACAAUUGUAAAUCGUAAAUGCCUCUUGCUGCCGGAUUAUAGCGUCAUUCCAACCGACGAACCUGAUCAGGUAGUACGUUGGACAGGUAUAAGGUGACGUUUUUGUUUCACCUCGAAGAAGUUGUUGUCCGUCGGGACAGGUGUCGGCAGUUGCUGUUGCUGGAGGUUGUUCGGAAAAAAAAACACGUGGAGAAAGGUGGAGAACACAGGUUAGCUCACCUGUGUAUAUGUCAAGAUGUUUGGGGAUAUCUGUGGGGUGUUAAAGCGAUGCGAGGAAUGAAGAGUUUCCCGGAGUGAACGAUCUUUACACGCGUCUGCAGUUGGUACUGCCACAGAACGACUCUUGAGCGGUGGUGUAUUGGUUCUUUCUUGAAACCCGGCUCACAUAGUACAGUGUAAUGAGCCGGGAGUGUAGCCGUUGUUGCGGCAUACAUGUACAAGACCUUUGCAAUCAGUGUACGUUCAGAAAUGUGUACGAGAGCCCCGAGACAGUGACUUGCCGGUCAGAGUCGGAAUGCCGGUGGCCGUACUCUCUCUCGCCGGCACCGAGAUUAGUUUUUACGAUACUGGGAUUUGUACCUUGUUCUCUCUAUAUAUAUAUAGGCUCGGCAAAAAAACUAAAAGUUGAUAUAUUGUACCCUGCGUCGCGAACACGUGAUGUGAAAGUCACCCAGCAUUGGGCAAGCGUUCAACCCUCCCCUCUCCCAGCCUCACCCCUGCCCUUCCCGAUGGUCAUUCUGAAGUUCUUCACUGUGGAUGUUGAUACGCUUUGAGCUUGAGUUCGCGAAACUGUCGUUAGCCGCUAGAAUUGAGCAAGCUGCUUCGCGAGCUAACCGUUUAAUCACGCGGCAUCCGCGUUGAGCACAUCGGCAACCAACUGGCUACGCUGCAGAUCGGGUUCGCACAACCAACACGACAGGACGCGUCGGUUAAUUUUUUUUUCCUUGAUUCCUUCUGUCGUUCGGUGUGUGAAAAGCUUUAGAGCGCUGGUUCUCUGAGCGAAUAGAUUAGUUCACCAAAGUUCUGUGUAGGAGAAAUGUUCAUUUCGAAGGUGUCAGGCUGCUGUUGACGUGGAUAUGCGGGAAUAAUGAAGCGAAGACUCGUUGUAGCAACGGAACAACCUAAGCAGACGGGCCUUCGGCUUGAACGUGAAAGCGAUGUGAACGCUCUUGUAUAUUGUUAGUGCGCGCCAGUGUGUUGCUCGUGUUAGUCUGUGCGUGUGUGUGCGUGCUUGCGUGCGUGCGUGCGCGUAAGCGCGCUAAGCUGAGUUUGUGCGUCACCAGCAUUUCCAGCCUCGCAACUUUACGCGUUCGAGCCGGUAGAGCGCAGAGUUUAGACGUCGCCGCACAUGCUCUGGGCAGUGAAAAGAAUGGUUCGCACUUGUUUAACCCAGUGAAGGGCCGAGACUAAAGUUUGAAUUAUGUGGUUGAGCUACAGCGUACAGCUGCAGCGAGUGUCCUGAUGAUUCUGUAGCUGGCUGUGCCCCUUCCCGACUCGGCCUUCGCAUGACAUUUCAUUCAAACUGUCGGAAGAAAAAGAAGCAAACGAAAUAAAAGCAAAAUCUGACAGCACUUGCUCCAGCGUAGGUAGUUAAAAAUGAGGAGUUGCAGAAAUUUCAGCAUCGAUGUGUAAGAUAGCAUAUACAGUAAAAAUUAUACCAUAAUGAAGAGGUUAUCAACACGGAUGGUGAAACGAUCACAAAACCUAAGGCAGAACAGAAUGCCGGCCUAAAAAAAAGUGAUAUCCAAGCAUUGCAGGUACAAUUCUAACGGCUUGAAUAUAGCUACGCGUGGGAACAUAUGAACCCACGUUUCCUGUCUGUCCCGUUGUGCAAGGUUGAUUACUUAGAAGUAUGUAUAAGUCAGACAGGCGUACACUGCGUUUAAAUUCGAAACCCAGUUUGGCAGGCAUGGUACCACGCCUGUAGCAAACCCAAUUGGCCGUGAAGAUUGAGCCAAGCCAAGCCGAGCCGACCCCAAGUGGCGCAAACAAAACGAAACCGGGGCAAAGCACUGUGCACCCGCCCCCGGACGUCGUUUUCGUUCGCUCGCUCUAAACGCAUUCAUGAACCACUGUCUCAGUCAUUCGCAGAUCUCUAAAUGCCCCCUGUUAGUGUCGUGAGAAGGUGUGCUCCAUCCUUCCAGCUGCGUCCUUUCGUGCACUCUGUCAUUCUGAAGGUCUUGUCGCGCUGUCCAGAGCAAGUGGGGCACAGCGUGAAAUGGUGUCUCUGUACUGCAGCCUCCGUUAACCUUGCUUGUUUCCUCUUAUUUUUUUUAGUAGGCGUAGAACUUAGACCUCGUAUCACAGAGAAAGCCUUUUGCAUAGUCGCGUCACGGGCAAGAAACGCUUUUUUCGUUUGCACCAGGAGCCUGCAGUUACGUCAUAAGGAACGGUGUAUAGUAGGGUCGAGUGUUGCCUCAACGCGCAACCUGCGAAGUUGUCCAAGACAGAAUGGCGCCCAGUUUCAAAGUUGACAAAAGAAACUUAGAAACUCGAAAGAACUUGUAGAGAGACCAAUUAUACAACGAGUUUCAGAAUAAAACCUGGGUUUCUUGUUCGGUACAACAAACUCGAUGUGUCACCUAUACCGUGACUUUUCCUUCGUUUUCCCAAAUGCGACGGUUUUCAAGAGAAUGAUUUCGCUUUGACAUCUCGGUUGCUUUCGAGUUCUCAUGCUCGCAAAAGGGCUGAUGAAACUCGUUCUUUGCAGAUGAGGAAGGUCUUGCGUUACACACAGGGUGUACGGGUGAGCAAAACACAUACACGCAAAAGGUGUCAUCUCGGUGUUAUACCCAACGUUACACUCGACUGCGUUGUGGGGAGAGUGUGCUGCGGCAGAACGAAAGCCUCGUAUAGAAAUAUUUUAUAAUCAUAUUAUUGCGGGUGAUUUGGAUUGAGCAUCAUUUCAACAUGGGAUCUAUUAUCUACUGAAUGCUUUCCAUAGGUCUACUUGUGAACGUCGCUUCACAAUGAAUUAACUUGCGAGAUGCUGCAGAUUUGAUACACGUAUUCAUGAUUAAGAAUGAACCAACCUGCAGUCAUUAAAGCAAAAGCUAAAGUAAAUCUUCUUUUUGUUCCUGUCUUCACAAAAAGUUGAAAAUGUAGCAUUCUUGUUUCAAUGUUUUAAAAUGCACCUGAGCUUCAGCUUUAAGAAAAUUGAUUAAAUUAUAUCAUCCCAAGAGUUAACCAACCACACUGCAGCUACGACACCCAGCCCCGGAGACCUCACUGAGGCUUGUCCACUGAUUUCAGCCUGGACCCGGCUUGAACGAAUAGCGGCGUCCGCGUCUAGUAUUGACUCUGCGUCGUUCGAUUCAGUUUCCCUGCCUAAUAUGCAUUUGUCUAAAUUCGGAGUCGGCAAGCGCGAAAACAAAUGGUUGUCUCUUUGACAGUAUAAUCGCGUUUCGUUUGUCGCAGGUGUGUCGUGAAAGUGUUUGACUCCGUGAUCGGCUGCAGUCACGUGAUUGCCACAUUGUAACUCGGUGACCUUAGACAGGAACAGGGCCGGAUUAGCGAGCUUUUACGUGGCGUUCAGUUUCGGGUGACCGCGCGAUCGCAGCGAGUGAUUGAUUGCACAGUAAUUGUGAUCGUCGCAUUGCUUGCGGAGUUGGAAGUCAAAACUAAAACAGAAUCACACUUGGAAGUAGACUGCCUAAUGAGCUUGAAUCGCUGUCAAGUCAAAAUUAAAAAAAAAGAAAUCAUGAACAGAGUGAGCAACAAACCUCCAAUACACCACUUCGUCCGUUUAAUCAAAUUUGAGCGCAGUCUAGACUAGCUAAGUGUCUGUGGUAAUAGUUGUCACUUAGCAAGCAAGGCACAUUUGCUUCACCACUAAACCAUACUGACCUUACCUAACUAACCGUUCAAAUUGUAUUCCAACAGUGCGUUAGUUAGAAAGAAUCGACGCGAAAAUCGGAAAGUGCGGCGUACAUCUUGGAACACUGCACAUAUAUUUUACCGAAGCUUCCGCAGACAUUGCUCUUUAUAGCCGCUCCGUAGCAACUUCCAGACUCAACACUUGUUCGAACUUGCGCUUAUGACUUAAUGAACCUCGAAAUUAGACGAAACUCUCGCCUAAACUUAUUUUGCGAGACUUCUUAAAAGAACGCAUUCGCCAGUAACGCGCGUAAGCGCCCAGCUUUUUUGUUACUAAAUUUCCAGCCCUGCCUCCAGGACUCCAACGAUAAUUGCAAUGUGAGCUUGUUCAGAAAUUAGUGCCGCAGUGGGGCACAAAUCAGUAAAGCAGGUGUAGCAUAG